AUGGAUUUUGCCGCAAACCUUACCGAUCUUCCCCCAAACAAAAGACACAGAUUUAUUCAACAACCUCAACAACAACAACAUAGUCCAUGUUCACCUUUACCCACCAAAAAACGUAAAGAAUCUCGAAACUCAUCACUUUUUCACACCCCUCCUUCAACACCAUCACCCUCCAUUUAUUCUCUACCCACCAAAAAACGAGUUUCCGCUCUUCACCCCCACUUUUACCACCACCACAACACCUCAAACGACGCCGUUCUCCACCCACUCAUAGAUCUCAACGUUGAAUACAACCCAGCUCUCCACUCACCCAUCCCAACCGACAAAAAACCUCAACAGCAACAAACACAAGACACUAACAACAACAACAAAGAAGUCGUCGCUGAAGAGGAUGGGAUUUUAUGCUGUGUGUGUCAGAGCACCGACGCUAAUUCCGAAGAUCCAAUAGUUUUUUGCGAUGGUUGUAAUCUAAUGGUCCACGCUUCCUGCUACGGAAACCCACUAGCCAAAGAAAUCCCAGAUGGUGAUUGGUUCUGCGGACAGUGUUGUUUUACAGGCACCGUUCCCACAAUACGUUGCUGUCUCUGUCCAACAAAAGAAGGUGCUAUGAAACAAACAAUAGACGGAAAGUGGGCACAUGUGGUGUGUGCUUUACUUGUUCCUGAAGUAUAUUUUGUUGAUCCAGAAGGGAGGGAAAAGAUUGAUUGUUCUAAGGUUCCGAGGAAGAGAUGGUUGGAGAAAUGCUAUGUUUGUGGGUGCUGUGAUGGGUGUGCUUUGGUUUGUUCUGAACAAAAGUGUGGUUUGGGUUUUCAUAUUACUUGUGGGAUUAAAGAGGAUGUUUGUAUUGAGUAUAGGGAAGGGAAGAAAGGUGCUACUGUUGUUGCAGGGUUUUGCAAAACCCAUUCUCAGAUAUGGGAAAAGAACAAGGGAUCUGGGAAAUACAAAAUUGUUGCAGAUAAAGAAUAA